AUCACAUAUAAUAAUUAAGAAGAUGAUUUAAUUCAUUUACUAUAUAGUUGGUUUGUAUCAAAAAAUAAAGUUUUUGAUAUUAAAGACAAUAGUGUCAAGCAAAAAUAAGAAAUAUGCAUAUUAUUUUAUUUGCUUGUUAUUUAAUAGUUUUUAGAGUUUAUUGCCUACCCACUGGUGAUGGUAAUCAGGGCAUUGAUGUUAUAAAUAUGGAUACAGAUGGAGAGAAGGAGAUAGAAAAAGACUGCACAGACAUAUGGUGUGAAUCAUACAGUUUAUCUGAGGUACACCAAAUGUACAAAGGGUUGUUCAUGACAGAAUACGAGCUGUUUUUACAACAAUUCAUGUUUGACAUAGAUAGAGAUUAUAUUCUGUAUAAGGAAGGUAUAAAAAAUUUAGGACAGAUUGAUGGAUCCCAGGGUGAUGGUGACUCAUGCUGUGUUACAAAACAGAGUACACACAUACAAUAUACAAUGCAAAAUAUCUUCGGACAGACACGCCAUAUUGUUCAUCUUACAAGUGCUCCGCAACCAAAGUAUCAGUAUAUAACACAAGCUAAAUGCAUAGGAAAGAGGAAAUGUGACGGAUUAUGUGUAUUAGAGGACACUGUUAGAACUGUUCUUGUAUAUGAUACAAUACGACGGCAACUGACAUUUGAUCAGCUCUUAGUUCCAACAUAUUGCUCCUGCAAAAGAGUAUCAGGAUAAAUGAACAUUUAGACCAAACGACAAAGUCUGUAUUUAUGUAAAAGAAAACAAUUGUUGAUAAGCCUAUCUACAUCGUUAUGUAAUAUGAAAGUAGAGGUUUUACUUAGUGGUUGAACUAUUAAAUCUGAUUCAGAAUCA